UUGCUCAUCUCUGUAUCGCGAAUGGUCCCGCGGCCAUCAGUUGGCCGCUUGGAUCGCCAGUAGUCGCCUGUCUUGCGAAUAUGGCUGAGAACAAUGGCAAUGGUUGUUAUUGAGCUGAUUUUACGUUUUGCUGGUACUUGUCAACAAAGACGUUACCCUUGAUCUGCGUGUGACGAAUUACGGCCGCCCGGCAUAGCGUAACCUGUAUACAAUAGUAUGGCAACUGCUAUUCAAGAAAAUGGCAUGAAACCAUUAACGAAUAAAGCAUUAAAUCAUGUAAACGAUGUUAAUAAUUUGGACAAUGCAAACUCCUGCACAGGAGAAAAAGAUAAUGGAUUAUUUGAUGGUCAACUUGAACCUUAUGUGACUCAUAGCAAAGAACCUAGUGAUGAAGCUCAAGCACUGGUUAAGGCUGAACAAUCACAUGAAGAGCUUCACGAAGAGCCUCCUGAGCUUGAUAUUGUUAUUAACAAUGUAGUUUGCAGUUUUAGUGUAAGGUGUCACUUAAACCUGCGAGAAAUAGCGCUCAAUGGAUCUAAUGUGGAAUACAGAAGAGAAAAUGGGAUGAUAACGAUGAAAUUAAGGAGACCAUAUACUACAGCAUCCAUCUGGUCAUCUGGUAAAAUAACUUGUACUGGCGCAACUAGUGAGGUUCAAGCAAAAGUCGCAGCACGCAGAUUUGCUCGUUCACUUCAAAAACUUGGAUUUAAAGUGAGAUUUCACAAUUAUAGGGUAGUCAAUGUAUUAGGCACUUGUUGUAUGCCAUUUGCUAUCAAGAUAACAUCAUUUUCGAUACAUCAUAAAGAAAAUGCCGAUUAUGAACCAGAAUUACAUCCUGGUGUUACAUAUAAACUAAAAGAGCCAAAAGCUACUUUGAAGAUAUUUUCUACAGGAAGUGUUACUGUAACAGCACCUAACGUUGCUGCAGUCCAAGCAGCAAUUGAACAUAUUUAUCCACUAGUCUACGAGUUCCGUAAAGAGCGAACGUCAGAGGACGAGUUUGCAUUGAAAAAACGCAAGUCAGGUUUGAAAAAAAAACGGGAUGAGUUCCUAGAAGAUGAACUAGAAGAUUUCUCGUAUGAAAGUAUGAUCUCUGAUGCAGAAGAUGCACUUGACGAAGUAGAAAGUGACGGCAGUUUGGACUGAUCUGUUUUAUUUUAUCACUCUACUGUUAAAUGUGAAACUGUUGUCUAUAUCUCGUUCUUUCGAUAUGAUAGAUAUGAUGCGCUACAUGUACAAAAGUUUUAUUGCUAAAAGUGAAGUGAAGCGUAAAUUCGUUUCAGUAUAGUGCAUGGACAAAUGUGUGAGUGUUAGGAAUAAAAAUAAAGGUACAUAUAUGCACUUAUGUGUACAGAUAUACACAGAGGCAUAAUUAUCAAGUACACAUCAAAUGAACUGAUCAUCAUCUUAAUGAUAUCCUAAAUAGUUACUUUUGUUAGCAAUAUGAUAUAAUAAAUACAAAUAUAGAUAUAUAUAUAUGUAAUGUAUGAUACGCUACGUGUGUAUUACACAAUGUAAAUAUGAGAAUACGUAUAUUUAUAUUUGUAUUUAUUACUUACAAACUUCGCGCGUACAGAUGUACACACAUUUACACGGACAUAUAUACGCAUAUACAUAUGUAUGUAUGUGCGUAUAAAUAUGUGUAGAACAGUUAUAAGAUUAAUUUUUUGGAGUUUAUUUAUCUUUAGAUACGAAAACUCGUAUACAUGCUUCUUUGGACAAAUGAUUAGUACAGGUUUAAAAAGAAUUGCACAUUGUUCGUACAUGUGUAUACGUAUAUGCUUAUGUUUAUGCGUGAGUUAUGGCCUGUACAUUUACGUUUCCAUUAAUUUUAUUAUUUUCAUGAUUAUUUACAACUAAGUUUUGCUUAAUUAACAUAUUGUGCCAAAGAUAGAUAUUCAAAAUUUAAGGCAACGUGAUUAAGAUGAAACACGCGACUUUAUCCAUGUAAUGAUCAGCUUCCAGAGUGUUGGAAUAUGCCCAAAAAUUUUAAUUUUCUAAUCACAAUAUUUUAUACAAUUUAUUCUACUAUUCAGAAAAAUUUAUUUUUCAAUUUGAAUUAUGUUUUCUGCAAAAUGCAUAUCAAUUAAUAUAUUAUAAUUCUGUACUGCCAACAGCUCGUUCUCGCUCAAAUUUUUUUACUCAAUUAUUUUUGUAUUUCUAUAACUUAUUAUUACAUUCCUAUAUUUAAUAUCUCUCAGACUCUAUAUCUUUUAGAGUUUCUUUUAAGUGUACAAAUAUUAUUUUAUACGUUUAUAUUCUCAAAUUUGUGAUAUUGGUGGGAAUUGUGUGAAUAUCAUAGCUACACUUUUAAUUUUGAAUAUCAUAGAUAUACUUUAUGAAAAUACGCCUACAUUUAUUAAAAUACUUUAAACUAGAAUAGUAAAUUUGAAAAAAUAUAUAUAUUGAUAGAUAAGAAUGCGAUGAAUAAGACUAAAUUAAAUCAAAUAUUUACAUUCAUUUUUAUAUAAUCAACCAAAAACUUAUAAAUAAAAUCAUUUUGUUUCAAUGUUUUUUAAUGUAUUAUAAUAAAUGUUGAUGUAUUUUUCUAUUUUUAGAACAUUACUAAAUUGUAUCAAAAGUUUACACGAGCAGACAAGAUUAUUUGCAUUGUUUGGGCGAAUACGGGCUGUUUUUUUGUGGAUAUAAACAUUAAAUGUUAAAUUUGGUUUUAAAAUAUUUAUUUUACAAAUUAAUUAAAAAGAUUUAGUCUGGUUUGCAGUAUUCAUGAAUUCAGAUUUAUGUAUUGCGAAAGUGUUUUUUUUAUUUACGUAAAUGUAAUUGUAAGAAGAUGAAGCUGGAAACGUGACACUAAUUUAGAACUAUAAUAAAACGAUCCUUUAUAAAAAUUUAUAGAAGUUUAUUGCGUCGGUGUUUUGUGAAAAGUACUUCUUAAAAUCGCAAGUUUAAACGUACGAAACGAAUGCAUUGUGUUCAACGAGAUAUUUAUUUUCGACUUAUAUAUACAUAUAACCGACUGGAAUUGCAUAUUCUAGAAUCUGCAACAAAGACAUAAAUAAUGCGAUAGGGCCCGUUAUAGCGUUAAUAAUUGUUUUUUUUUUAAUUAGUCAUUCAUAUACACAUUAAUACAUAUACAUUAUAAGUAUUUAUUUAUCACUUACAGUAUCCUUAUGAUAUUAAGCGCAUUUGAAUCAUGUCAUUUUCAUAAAUAUUAAUUUUCUGAAAAAUCUAAGGUAUCACGUAAACAGCCUAUUACGAUGUUUAAUUUUGUCCAUUCAUAAAAUAUUUUCACGAAAAGAGAUAUUUUUACACACAACUUUGCAAAUCUAAUUAAUUAUAUUUUUAGAACUCUGUUUUUAUUGUAAAAAAUGUAUAUCGGAUAUUGUGCAAAACAUUACACUGAGGGUAUAAUAUAAAGUGCGUUGUCUUAUAUAAUACAUACACAAAAUUUAAUCUUUUGUUUGCGAUUAGUUGAAGAAAAGCAAUAUAUUGGUACAUUAAUGUGAAAAUAUAUAGGAAAAUUAUUAAAGAUUUACGCAAUUUGUUAAUAGGAAAAAUUAAUAGAAAAAUUAAUAUGUGAAUAUCAUAUAAAUAUCUUAUUACUCAUUAUAAGUACAAGAGAAUACAAUAAGAUAUGGCCGAUGUUUCAUUAAAUGAUUUAUCUGUUCGUGCCAUAUGACAUUCGUUAAAAUUAGUUAAAGCAAAGUUUCAUAAUUUUCAUAAUGUAUAUACAUAUAUAUAUAUAUUGUUUUUACACUGAACAAAUUUUUUACGAUUUAAGCUAAAGUCACUGCCCUUAGUGUAUUCAAUCAGAAAAAUGUAAGACGAUCCACUAAUGAGUAUGUGACACAAACUAGCACAUUUUGUUUACAUUAUUGGAAAUAAAUGCUAUUCUUUGCGUUAUUAAUCAUAAGAGUUAAAGUUUAAGCGAAUAAAGAAGUUGAACGAUAAGACAUUGUCGAAGUGUAAUGACAAAAAUAAAUUCCAUCAUAUAU